CUUUUGUCAGUGAGAAUCGAGCAGCUCUGAAAUCAAUUCGCAUCCCUGGAUUGACUGAGGGGUGAUUUGGAUGGAGAUGAAGGCGGUGGUGUCCUGUACCGGGCUUAUGCUUCUAUUUGCGUGGCUUUCUCCAAGCCAAGCCCUUUAUUUCCAUAUCGGAGAGACGGAGAAGAAAUGUUUUAUUGAAGAAAUACCCGACGAAACCAUGGUGAUAGGGAGAUACAGAACACAGCUGUGGGACAAACAGGCUGGCUCUUUCCUCCCAUCCGCCCCUGGUUUAGGCAUGCAUGUGGAAAUCAAAGAUCCUGAUGCCAAGAUCAUCCUGUCCCGUCAGUAUGGCUCGGAUGGCCGUUUCACCUUCACGUCCCACACACCAGGAGAGCAUCAAAUCUGCCUCCACUCCAACUCCACCAAGAUGGCGCUGUUUGCUGGGGGAAAACUGAGAGUCCACUUGGAAAUUCAGGUUGGUGAACACACCAACAACUACCCAGAGAUCGCAGCUAAAGACAAACUGACCGAGCUGCAGCUGAGGGUCCGACAGCUCCUGGACCAGGUGGAACAGAUCCAGAAAGAGCAGAACUACCAGCGGUACCGUGAGGAGCGUUUUCGUAUGACGAGCGAGAGCACGAACCAGCGCGUUCUGUGGUGGUCUAUCGCUCAGACCAUCAUCCUCAUCAUCACAGGAAUCUGGCAAAUGAGACAUCUCAAGAGCUUCUUUGAGGCCAAAAAGCUGGUGUGAAGACCAGACGGCAUCACAGUAACAAUAACUCUAACUCUAAAACUAAGUUCAAUUCGGUACAACUUUAUCUAAAGCAGAUAAAUUCAGACACAAUAAGCUUAAACAGGCAGAAUAUUAACGAUUCUUAAAGGAAUACUCAAUUUUUUUUGCCAUUAAUCAUUUACCACCAUGUUGUUCCAAACUCAUAAAAGCUUCGUUCGUCUUCGGAAAACAAUUUAAGAUAUUUUGGAUGAAAACCGGGAGGCUUGUGACUGUCCCAUAGAC